AUGUAUACCGACAGCAAGCUCAUCAUCCUGGCGGCCCUGGCAGCCACCGCCCUCUCCUCCCGCUUGCAGCCUCGCCAGACGGCCGAUUUAAAUGCGUGCCUCCAAGUCAUCAAGACGGUCCCCACUCCGCCCCCUGCCAUCCUCUCGGUCCUGCUCGACGAGUCCGUCACCGCGACGGACGCCUGCUCCCUCAGCGUCCCCAGCAGCCUGAGCGGCCAGUGGGCCAGCUACACCGCCGCCCAGUACUCGUGGUACAAGGCCAACGAGGGCCAGCUCAAGUCCAACUGCGCCGCAUAUUCAGAGUACUUGACGGAGACGGGUCGCGGCUGCAGCGGUGCCGCCGCCAUCGCCUCUGCUACCGGCUCUGCCGCUACUACUCCUACCUCCUCUGUCACCGGCACCGCUACGGGGACGGCCUCCACGACCCCGGCAACCAAGACGAACGGCGCGGCUCGUGACGGCGGCGUGGCUGCUGCCGCCCUCGCUGUUGGCUUGGCCCUUGCGGUUCUGUAA